AAAACGAGGGGAAAAAAGGGAAAAAAAUUCCCGAUUUUCCGACUGAUCCCAUUUUCCCGUUUGGCAGUGGAGCAGCCGCUGACCGGGGACUACGAGGUGUGCGUGGGCGCCGCCGGCGGCCCCGGCUCCUCGCGGGUGAUCUCGGCCGCCGACCUCGGGCACUUCCUGCUGCGCUGCCUGCGCGGCGCCGAGUUCGACGGGCAGAGCGUCUACGUCAGCCGCCACUACCCCAAGGAGUAGGGAUCCGCUGGGAUCCACUGGGAUCCGGUGGGGUCCAAAGGGGUCCAAAGGGGUCCAAAGGGAUCUGGUGGGAUUUGGAACUGGGAUCUGGUAGGGUCUGGUGGGUUCUGGUGGGUUUUGGAGCCAGGAUCUGGGGGAUCUGGGGGGGAUCUGGUGGGAUCUGGUGGGAUUCAGGGCCGGGAUCUGGUGGAGCCUGGUGGGAUCUGGUGGCGUUGGGUGGGUUUUGGAGCUGGGAUCCACUGGGAUCCACUGGGGUCCAAAGGGGUCCAAAGGGGUCCGGUGGGGUCCAAAGGGGUCCAAAGGGGUCCGGUGGGGUCUGGGGCCAAGAUCUGGUGGGGUCUGAUGGGAUCUGGUGGGAUUUCGGGCCGGGAUCUGGUGGGAUUUGGAACUGGGAUCUGAUGGGAUCUGGUAGGGUCUGGUGGGUUCUGGGGGGUUUUGGAGCCAGGAUCUGGUGGGAUCUGGUGGGAUCUGGUGGGAUCUGGUGGUGUUGG